AAAAAAUUAAGUCUGAACUGCUUGUGCUUCUUUGCCUCUUCGGCUGUUCAGAGUUCAGACUCCAGCGCCGUCUUCUUCGCGGUCGCCUUUUGCGCUCCAUCCCCUGGGCUUUCCGUCACGGCGGCCGCAGCCAUGGUGGAGAUGCGGCAGCGGAGGAAGCCGCUGGUGCUCGCCUCCACGCAGGCGCUCCUCGACUCGCUUCCGGGGGAUCGCCCGCCGCCACCGCCGCAGAAGCCGGUGCGCCUUAAGGCCGGCGUCCUCCGAUUCCCCUCCGGAGGUGGUGGCGCCGAGUUCGGGGAGCUCGCGUCUUUCGUCGGCAUCCCUGCCCCUGCUCUCCGACGGCUCGCGGUCGUCACGGGUACUCCUGUGCUUGUCAAGAAUACUGACAAUAAUGUUGGGAGGAUUGUCAAAGCAGUAUUGUUUGGUAACCCGUCCCUUGACAAGUCCUGCUCAGAACAUACUGACCAAGUGGUCUCUGCCUCUCUCUCUGGUCAUGCAAUGGGCUUCUUACCUUGUCGCACGUUCCCUGCUAUUGGUUUUACAUCCAUGGAUGAAGAUGUUGGUUAUGUUAGCCCACUUUUGGCAUUCAACUUGGGAUUGCAUGUUUCUUGCCUUAAACUUCUUAUUCAAAGAGAAGGGCAGCCUUUCAAGUUCUGUUCUCGAGCUGAAGAGAUUGAUGCAACUGCCAGUUCUGGAAGUGAUCUUUCUCUUCACUUAGACCUUCUUCCAUGCCCUCAAGUGCCUAAAUAUGCAUUGCAUUUACGAGUUUCUGUUGUGAGGAUUCCUGAUUGUGGUGUGCUUGCUUCUUUAAAGAUAUAUUCAUCCUUUGGAGGAAGUGAGUACCAAGACAUGGUAGAUCAAGCUUUGAACGAGUACUUUAAGUUUGAUAGGUUCCUAGCAAGAGGAGAUGUUUUUGGUAUACAAAACAGUUGGAAGUGUGGCUCAAGCUGCUGCCUGGCAUGCAAUAAGCAGGAUAAUAAACUGAAUCCCCGUAAUAUGAUCUACUUUAAGGUGACUGGCAUGGAACCAUCAGAUGAACCUAUACUUCGUGUUAAUUGCAAUGAAACAGCCCUUGUACUUGGUGGAGCUGCUUCUGCUGCAAUCCCCCCUUAUUCCUUUUUUGCUUCUUCUGGUAAUUCAGUACCAUUGCACAGUGAAGUAGUGGAGCAUUUAGCAUCUGUCAUUGCACCAGCAUUGUGCCCUUCGGAUAUUUUACCAAAAAUAAAGUUUUCCACUUUUUUAUAUGGCCCGCCAGGAUGUGGAAAGCGCACAGUGGUUAGGCAUGUUGCUAACCAUCUUGGUCUGCAUGUGGUCGAGUGUAGCUGUCAUGAUCUGAUGACAUCAUCAGAAAGUGGGGCACCUGCUGCACUUGCAACUGCCUUUAAAGAAGCUCAGAAGUAUUCUCCUUGUAUAAUACUUCUUCGCCACUUUGAUGCAAUUGGGAAUGCAUCCUCAAACGAAGGUCCACAGUCUGAGCAAUCUGGGAUUGCAUCGAACAUUGAAUCUGUCAUUAAGCAGUACAUUGGACAACGUUGGGUUGCUAAGGAUUCACUGCCAGGAAAAGAUGUAAAUGGGAGCUCAUACCUCGUGGAGCCUGAAUGUGUAAGCUCUCUUCAAAUCAUACUAGUUGCAACUGCGGACAGUUCUGAAGGAAUGCAACAGUCAAUUAGAAGAUGCUUCCGCUAUGAGAUCGACAUGAAGACUAUGAAUGAAGAACAGAGAAACGAACUGAUAUCUGAGACACUUCAAGGCAUUCCUAAAGUUGCUGAUGAGAGUAUUUGUGACAAGUUCAUAAAAGAUUUAGCAGCGCAAACGUCAGGUUUCAUGCCCAGGGACAUACUUGCAUUGGUCGCAGAUGCUGGUGUGUCUUUUGCGCAUAAAAUUGCAGCAGGGAAAGAUAGCAAAGCAAUCAGUAAGCAUACGGAGGUCCUUCCAGAAAGCUCUUCUGCCACUCAAAAUGAGGAACACCAUUUCAGCAAAGAAGAUAUUAUGUCUUCCUUGGAACGAGCCAAGAAACGGAAUCGUGCUGCACUGGGCACACCCAAAGUUCCUAAUGUCAAAUGGGAAGAUGUUGGUGGGCUAGAGGAUGUGAAAAAGGUUAUUCUAGAUACUAUUCAGUUGCCUCUGAUGUACAAGCACCUGUUUUCUUCUAAAUUGCGCAAGCGAUCAGGUGUCCUGCUAUAUGGACCUCCAGGAACAGGGAAGACUUUACUCGCGAAAGCAGUAGCAACUGAAUGCUCAUUGAACUUUCUUAGCGUCAAAGGUCCAGAACUGAUAAACAUGUAUGUUGGAGAAUCAGAGAAAAAUGUUCGGGAUAUUUUUGAGAAGGCUAGGUCUGCACGCCCAUGUGUCAUUUUCUUUGAUGAGCUUGAUUCCCUUGCUCCUGCACGAGGAUCCUCAGCAGAUUCUGGCGGUGUCAUGGACAGGGUUGUUUCCCAGUUACUUGUGGAGAUCGAUGGGUUGAGUGACAACAGCCAGGACCUUUUCAUUAUUGGGGCUACCAAUAGGCCUGACCUUCUUGAUUCUGCCCUUCUUCGCCCUGGUCGGUUCGACAAGCUUCUUUAUGUCGGUGUAAAUACUGAGGCAUCAUACAGGGAAAGGAUCCUUAAAGCACAGACACGCAAGUAUAAGCUGCACAAGAACGUUUCUCUCUUGUCAGUUGCGCAGCGUUGUCCACCAAACUUCACUGGUGCUGAUAUUUACGCGCUGUGUGCGGAUGCAUGGUUUCAUGCAGCAAAGCGAUCAGUUGAAACAUUCGAAAUCGAUCCUUCAAGAAGUAAUGAAGCCAGUGCCGAAGAAGUCAUCGUCGAGAUCGACGAUUUUAUCACGGUGUUAGGAGAUAUCGCACCGUCGCUCUCUCUGGACGAGCUACAAAACUACGAACAGUUGAGGCAGAAGAUCGAAGGACCUUCUAGAUGAAGUUGGGUUUCCACUCCCUGCUGACAUUCUUAAACUGCUAACACACCAAAACAUUCCCUGUCUUACAUUUUCGUUCGUACACAAGUUUUCCUCCCUGAAAACUUGGGCACUUCUAUAUCCAUUCCUGAUUUAUACAAUCACAUCCUUGUAGCAGCAUCUGUAUUGACAUCAGAAUGACAUUUUCUCUGAAGAGAAACAUCCUGUCAUUCUUUGUUAGCAGCUCCGCAACUAUUCUGAAUGAGCCCGUGAAGUCAAGCACUCAAAGCCUUACCUGGGAAACAAAAUGCUAUUCCUGACCUGAAGGAAGCAUCCACCAAUACAGCUAGUUUGGGUACACACGCUGAACCAGCUAGUUCGCCUGGGAGAGGCCUCUGUCUCGUUUAGAUGCCAUCGUCUAGAAGUUGUAUCGGAAAAAUUAUAAGCGAAUGUUGCAAUGAACAGAGUUCCUUGUACUGCUGUGAUUUGUCAUUGGUCAAAGAGAACUAACUGCAGCGUUUGUCUACCUACAAUACUUGUUUUUUUGUUGUUGCUAUCUUGUAGUGCCAGCAGCGAUGCCUCCUUGUUGGUGCUCGGCAAGUCGGCUGGUGUGAGCAAAAUCCGUACGUCGUCGUCUCCAGUGGUGUCAUUCUAAACUGGAUCUGCUGCUCUCGAGACCGAACAACUGCAACAAACUCAGGCAGGGACUCAGCAUCUACACAUCCUGUUCUACGGUACGGUGAUUGUGACACAAAUCGGCUGCAUGGGAACCAUACUAGCUGCCAAGAAAGAUGAAAGUGUUUUCUCCGACCCAACCUACAAUGUGUCUGUUCUUUUUGGGAAGAGAGAUGAGCCACUCCUACUAGCUUGCGCACGUCAACUUAUUGAGCACAUAAGGAAGUCUUUUAGAGAACUAUUGGAGUUGCUCUUAGCUGCUGGCAGCGCCUGGUGGAGAUGCAGAUUGCGGAGGCCAACGGCGCUCUGGGAGCUGGAGGCUGGUAGCUUGACUUGGAAGAUGAUGGGCCUCACAGUGAUGGGCCUUUGAGAGGCCCAAUACUCUGAAGUGCCUGAAAUUGGCUCAGCCCGGUCAUUGGUGAUUUCUCUGGGUCUGAAAGAUCAUUCUCAGUUUUGAACUUUGCAGGGAACGCUGAAGGAUAUUACUGUAGCUGUGAUGAUUGAAUAGCUGAUGAGCUGGGCAUGGGGUUGGCUCGAUGGUUGGCAUAUUCAGCCCCAUCGAUAAAGAUACUGUUUAGCAUUGCGCAAGAGGAGCCAUCGUUUAUACCAUGCACUAAAUUCUGGUAGUUUUGUAGUUGGACCUUCUAUCUACUUGGAUUAACAAAAGGUGGUUUUAAGCUGGUGUCAAAAUUUGAGUGUCAACUUUCACGCUAAACAAAAGGCACUGUACACUGGUAAAGCACUUCUGAGGCGAAUCAUGCUUUUCGAGGA